AUGUCCGACUUCACUCAGAAAGCUUCCAACGCGGCCAACGAUGCCAGCAACAAGGCCAGUGACUACACUCAGGAUGCCAAGAACUACCUCUCUGGCGCCAGCCAGGAUGCCAAGAACAACUUGUCUGGCAUGAGCCAGGACGCCAAGAACACCCUGUCCAGCGGCGACCAAAGCGCCCAGAACCAGAGCAGCUCCAUUGGCGAGAGCGUCCAGCAGGGCUAUGACCAGGCCAAGUCUGCCCUCGGCCUCGACAAGUAA